AUGGCAUUCCAGGAGAGCCAUAUGACUCCCACACUCCUGACCUCCAUCCUGGCAGCAGUACUCGGCUCCCUGCAGAUCGGCUACCACACUGGGAAUGUCAACGCACCUGCCAAGAUUAUUGAGGAAUUUUUUAACCACACCUGGAGAGCCAGACACAACCAGACGCUGCCAGAUCACAGCCUAACCCUGCUGUGGUCACUCUCUGUCAGCAUUAAGGACUUUGGAGCCUUGCUUGGUUCAUUGGGAGUCAAACACCUUGCAGAUUCCUAUGGCAGGCGUAACUCUAUCCUGAUAGUGAACUGUCUGUCUGUGGUGGGAGCAUGUCUGAUGUUUGCCUCUAAAUCCAGCGAGUCAUUUGAGGUUCUCAUCCUGGGAAGGCUGGUGUUCGGUCUGUUCUGUGGACUAGUGAUGAGUCUUAAUCCACUCUACAUCCAGGAAGUAUCCCCUACCAACCUGAGAGGGGCCUUCGCUACACUCAACCAGGUCUCCUUUGCCUCAGGGAUCCUAGUGGGAAUGGUGGUUGGUUUGGAGACCGUUCUGGGCACGGAGCGUUAUUGGGCCAUGAUGCUGUCCCUGUCCCUCAUCCCUGCUCUGACACAGUACCUGGUCCUACCUUUCUGUCCCGAGAGUCCCCGAUACCUGCUCAUCAACCGGGGAGAGGCAACCAAGGCAGAGGCCUCUCUUCAGAGGCUGAGAGGCUGCACAGACAAGAUGUUUGCUGAACUGGAAGAGAUGAGGGAAGAGGCCAGUCGCACACAGGCCGGCGUCACCAUCAGCGAGUUUUUUAAGAAGCGUAGCUACAGGCAGCCAAUCAUUAUUGUGCUCAUCGUUAACCUGGGUAGCCAGUUGUCUGGAUUUAAUGCGAUCAUCAAUUAUUCCACCAGAAUGUUUCAGGCCAAGUUUGAUGAGGCCAAAUAUCUGACUCUGGGUGUGGGGGCUGUCAAUGUGGCCUUUACUUUGGUGGCUUUCUUCCUGAUGGAAAGGGCAGGAAGGAGGCGCCUGCUUCUGACUGGUUUCAUCUCCAUAGCAGUGUGCAAUUUGCUCAUGACCAUAGUUGACUCUGUCCUGCAUCUGGUCCCAGAGCUGCGGAUCCUGCAGGUCCUGCUGGUGUUCUGCCUCAUAUCAGCCUAUGAGCUCGGCCCCGGGCCCAUCUCCUGGUUUAUCGCUGCUGAGCUGUUCGACCAGCCGGGCAGACCCAUCGCUAUGGCCUUUACCAGCAUGCUCAACUGGGGAGGGAAGUUUGUUCUGGCACUCCUCUUCCCUCCGUUACUGAAAAUUUGUGGAGCGUACGUCUACCUCCUCUUCAUGACUGUGGCUCUGGUUGCCUUCACCUUCACAUGGAUACGACUUCCAGAGACUAAAGGUCGCACAUUUGAUGAUAUCGCAGAGGAGUUCAGAGGAGCAGAAGGAAUUCCUUUGCACAAUAACAUUGGAUUCAACACUUUUACUUGA